AUGUCUCAGCAUAUUAAAACAGGUCAUCUUCAGUAUUUUUAUAGAGGUUUAUUAUCGAAAAAAUGGAAAAAUUAUUAUUUUGUAUUAUUUGAUGAUUCAACAUUACAAUGGUAUGAAAAACAAAAUGAUCGAAAACCAGAUGGAUCAAUACAUAUUCGUGAUAUAGCUCAAAAUCUUUGUGUUGGACCAUAUACACGAUGUUUAUCUAAUCGACCAGAACUUCCACGACCAACUGAUGAAGCUAAUCUUAUUGCUUUACCAAGAUCGUCACCUGGACACCAUGAUCAAGAAAUAAUAUGGAUUCUAUGUAAUGAUGUAACACAUUUAAAUGAUUGGAUGAAAGCAAUUGUUUCUACAUUACCUCCUUCACCUCAGCAUCCUUCAGUACCAUCGCUUCCACAACAAAACGCUGCUAUUCGACCAUCUGCUCAUCUGUCAUCUAAUGCUCCACCGCCUUAUCCAAGAUCAACUUCAUAUCUGCAACAACAACAACCAAUAUAUCCAAAAAUGCAUGACAAUCAACAAUCAACUUACCAUUAUACAAAUGUCGUUGUACAACCAUCACCUUCGUAUGGUAGUGGAGGAGGAUAUAGUGGCAUUAAUCGAGGCGGCGGUGGAAGUUCAUUAGUUAGUGCAGGAGUCGGUUUUGCUGGUGGAGCAUUACUUGGUGGCGCUCUUGGCUAUGCAUGGGGAGGUGGUUUUGGUGGACAUGGUGGAUGGGGAUAUGGAAUGGGGCCUAUUGGACAUCAUGGUGGAUAUGGUUAUGAUAAUGAUACAAUGAAUAAUUAUAAUAAUAGUGUAACAAAUAAUAAUUUCUCGACCUAUAAUGAAACAAAUACAUAUAAUGACAAUGAUAAUCAACAAAACAAUUUUCAAUAUGAGACAAAUAAUAAUCAACAGUCAGGAAAUAAUGGUGAUGGAAAUGAUAGAGAUGGUGGUGGUAAUGAAGAUUUUGGAGGUGGUGAUGAUCAUUUUGACGAUCAUGGCGGUGACAAUCAUGGUGGUGAUGGUUAUAAUUACGGUAGUGGGGGUGGCGAUGACUAUGGCGGCGGUGACCAUGAUAAUGGUGUUGAUGGCGCUGACAAUAAUGACGGCAGCGAUGAUUAUGGUGGUGGUGGCGAUAAUGACGGAGGUAAUGGCAAUGAUUACGGUGGUGACGACUUUAAUGGCGGUGGAGGCGAUGUUGGAGGAGUUGAUUUUGGUAAUGGUGAUUGGUAA